AUUAUAAAAAUAAUUUUUUCUUUAAUAUUAAUAAUAAAUUCAUUAUUUAUAUUAUUUAUUAAUAAUCCAAUAUCAAUAGGAUUAUUAAUUUUAAUACAAACUUUAUUAACAUGUUUACUGUCAGGAAUAAUAAUUAAAACAUACUGAUUCUCUUACAUUUUAUUUCUUACCUUUCUAGGUGGUUUAUUAGUUUUAUUUAUUUAUGUCUCAAGUAUUGCAUCAAAUCAAUUAUUUACUUUAAAAUUUAAUUAUAAAAAAAUAUCAAUUUUAAUUUUAAUUAUAAUAUUUUUAAUAAUAAUAAUAUAUAAUAAUAACAUAACAUGAUUAAAUUUAUCAAUAAAUUCAGAUAUAGAUAACUUUAAUAAUAUAAUUUUUUUCUUUAAUAAUGAAAAUAAAAUUAAUUUAAGUAAAUUAUAUAAUAAUCAAACAUUUUUAAUUAUAAUAAUAUUAGUAAUUUAUUUAUUUAUUACUUUAAUUGCUAUUGUAAAAAUUACUAAUAUUUUCUAUGGACCUUUACGUUCAUCUAAUUAA